CUGCGCCUCGGCCCUGCCCCUCUGCGCCUGCUUCGCGGUGCCACUCCAGACGCAGCGCGAGCCUUGCCUUUCCCGGAGACGGUGGCAGGAAGGAUGACCACGCUCACGCGGCAGGACCUCAAUUUUGGCCAAGUGGUGGCUGACGUGCUCUGCGAGUUCCUGGAGGUGGCGGUGCACCUGAUUCUCUACGUGCGCGAGGUCUACCCAGUGGGCAUCUUCCAGAAGCGUAAGAAGUACAACGUGCCGGUCCAGAUGUCCUGCCAUCCGGAGCUGAACCGGUAUAUCCAGGACACACUGCACUGCGUCAAGCCACUCCUGGAGAAGAACGACGUGGAGAAAGUGGUGGUGGUCAUUUUGGACAAAGAGCACCGCCCAGUGGAGAAAUUUGUCUUUGAAAUCACCCAACCUCCCUUGCUGUCUAUCAGAGAACGCGAGGCCCAGAGACAUGGCAGGAGCUGUCUGGAGCCACCCAAGCUGACAGCAGAGCUGGGACUGCCAGCAGAGCAUGGAUCCCGAAGGAGGAGCAGGGAAGCCUGCUGUGUGGCCGUGGGCAAGCCCUUUCCCAUGCUAGCAGGGGUCCGGCAGGCUGGAGAGGCCUGGCCUGCGUUCUGGUCUCAGCCUGGCUGCUCAUUCUGUCCCAUCGCUGAGUUGACCCCUGUGUCGGGGCAGAUCUCUCUUCAGAGGGUUUCCAAUGGCUGAUCUCUUUGGAAAUUGCCGGGCCUUUCUUUUGAGGCAACUCGGGACGGCCCUGAACCUCCAAUCUUUCACAUUGAGGGGCCAUGAACUGUCAGCACCCCUCAGGGGUUCCACACAAACCCCUGAAAGAACCUCCCCCCUAGCCCCCGAUUCUGUCUGCAUUGGUCUGGGGUGGGGCUGGUGUUUGGGUUCAAACUUCCCAGGUGAUUCUGUUUCAGGCUCCACAGGUGGCCAGGCCCUCAGACCCACACGAGGGUGUCUGGCCUUCCAGACUGGCUCCCAGGGAUGAGGGGAAGCUGGUUGAUGGAGGUGGGGGGGGGUGGGGCUCCAGUACAGUGGGAGACGCCCUACUCUCUGUUCCCAGUUCAGACUCCCUGCUGUCCCAUGUGGAGCAGCUACUCCGAGCCUUCAUCCUAAAGAUCAGUGUGUGUGAUGCCGUCCUGGACCACAACC